AUGGCGAGUGCGUGCUCACCUCGUCGGCGUCAUUCCUGUUGCUCCGUUGUGCCCUCCGCAUCCACAGCCGUUACUAUUAUUGUCUUCCCGAAGAAUCCUUCGUCCGCCACCGCUCUGUGCGUGCAGCCUUUUGAUAUAUGCGCCUACACCACCACCCAUCGAAUGGCGCAGCGUCGUGUACUGACGUGUGCGCACACGCACGUGUAUAUUUGUAUUGGUGUAGGAUGUGAAGCAACUCUCCAUGGCUCUGUUCAAGUGGUAAUAACAAGAAGAAAACAACGAUAG